CUUGCGUAGCUCUGGUUUUUGGUUGCCCCACAGUAUCUUCUCCCGGCAGUCGCCCUUCUCAUCCCACUCGAGAUAUCGUCUGUCAGGAUACACGUCUCUCAGGCAGCGGUCAGGCUCAGGAGUUAAUCCGACAGGCUUUUCAUUGUCUGUACCUGACACUCGAGGCUCAAGUAUUGAGGGACAGGUCCAGAGGGAAGGUGUUUAAGGCUCGAAGAUAUUGUAGUAGACUGGAGGUCGUACCGAGGCGUGAGUACUGAGAAGACUGGGGAGGUACAGGAAGGAAUAUUGUGAUGAGUGUUGAUCUCUAGCUCCAGCACUACUCCCAAUACCACCCACCACCACAACUAGCAGCAACCACUACCUUUUAACACCACCACCACCACAAGCACCCAGUGCCGUCACCUCCAGCACCGCCACCUUCACCAGUAACCUCACCACCACCAUGACCAACUUCCUACCACUUCUCUUCCUCGUCCUGCUAGUCCCGUGCCUCGCCACCUCCAAGAAAGACCACUACAGGUUCCGCAACGACAUGCCCACUGCUGACGAUGACGAGAACCAUCACGACUACAGUAGCAUCAUACCUCACCCUCGCUGCAGGCACAACUACCACGACAGGACGGAAGCUGGCAUGAAUAGACAGAUCAACCUCUUCAUGCAUGCUGACUACGUCUACAGCAGCAUGGCACAGCACUUCGGGCGGUGCGACGUGGCUUUGCCCGGCUUUGAGAAGUUCUUCAGAGAGAUGGCAAAGGUGCAGAGAGGACACUCAGAGACGCUAAUGAACUAUCAGAACCUGAGGGGCGGCAGUGUCAACUUGAUGCAGGUGACGGCGCCCAGUAGAGCUGAGUGGGGCACUGGUGUCGAGGCUAUGGAACACGCACUUGAGCUGGAGAAGAGUAUUAACCAGGCGCUGCUGGAGUUAUACAUGGUCUCUCUGCAACAUGACGACAUCCACGCCGCUACUUACGUCCAGACCACCUUCAUCCACCCUCAGGUGGAGAAGAUCUUCACUAUCAGUCAAUACAUCACCAACUUGGAGAGGGUUGGACCAGGCCUGGGAGAGUACAUGUUUGACAAGCUGCCACAGAACUGAACACCUUCCACCAGUGCUGGAACGUCUUCCACCAGUGCUGGAAAAUCUUCCACCAGUGAUGGAAAUUCUUCCACCAGUGCUGGAACGUGUUUUGUUAGUGCUGGAACAUGUUCCACCACUGCUGGAACGUAUUCACCACUUCUGGAUGGUGUUCCACCACUGCUGGAACAAUUUUCACCAGUACCGGGACCCAACCUGACCGGGAUCCCUCCAAUACUCACCAGCAACAAGACCCCUCCCCCUCUUCCCUCCAAUACGAUGAGAAGCGCUAAACCAGCAUGGAUCAUUUAGCAGCAGAAGUACUGAAGGUUCGAUCCUCCGUCCGAUGAACUGCCACAUUAAUUCUGUGUAUUUCCCAGCUGUUGUGGGAGAUAAUCUCCAGCUGUUCUGCAAAUUAUUUUGACAGCUCUCGUACCAAAAUAAAAUAAAAUUAUUAAUCUAUGGGGGCUAAUUAGGUUUGAUCUGAGGAUGAGGAAGGGAGCUUCAAUUCCUCGAAUCAAGAGCCCUUAACUGUCAUUAACACCAGGCACUGCUGACACACCUUGCCCACUCCUCUAAUAUUUCUAAUUUUUUGUAAACACAAGCAGAGUAGAGGGCAUGUUGGAGAACAAACCUUCUGUUGGGAGAGCUUUUGUUGUGUAGAGCUUUAUUGAGUCGUGAGUUGAUAAAGCUUUACACAGGGUGGAAGGUUGUCUCACCCUGUGCCCAUCCUUGGCCACUAUCAGAACCUUGGCACUUUGAAAGAUCUCUUACAUCCCGACACUUAAAACGUAUCUUAGACUAGACAACACUGAGCAACAGACGAGUAUUAUAUAGUGUAUAUAGCAUUGUUAUUGCUUGUUGUCUGCGCCACACUACACACACACACACACACACACACACACACACACACACACAUGCACGCAUAUAGAACAGGCCUAGUGUCUAAUCGACAUGUGCCUAGGACAAAAUGGUAACUAACACACACACACACACACACACACACACACACACACACACAGGUCACCAAUAUGCUGCUGCUCGACACAUCACAAAAAUAAAAUCCUGACCUUAUUAUUACGAGAGAAAUAAUUGUAAAUGAGCAUUUGUUCUCUGUUUUGAAAUAAACGAUGCCUGGAGAAAAAUACAUUCUGAAAUAUAAAAUUCUGACCAUGAACGUCAGUUUUGACUUUGAAUCGGUCAGUUUUAGCUAAUAAAGAACAUAUAUAGUGACCUUAAUAGCAGAUAAUUAUUUUGAUCAUGGCGGUCCCGAGUUAUGUUUGUACCAUAAUCAAUGAUCUCCUGGAUGUUAUGUUAAUUAUGAGUGAAUGUUGGUCCGCUGAAUGUUUUCCAAGGUUUAUAAUGGUUUAUAUUCUUUAAUAAAAUUUAAUGGGAG